GGAGAUGCAUGGUUUGAUCACACACAUACACACAUACAUAUACACACACACACACACACACACGCACACUCGCUUUGGAUUGUAAAAUAGCAGGGAUAGCCUACUGUAGAAGCUGCUGCCGCAGCUUGGCGAAUGAGGCGGAACUGGAAGGGAAGCCAGGAAGUUACUUUUAUCGACUGUUCAUCGUGGUGCGUAAAAUGAAAGUGGUGCGUAAAUGUCUGCGCGGUAGAUGAUAUCCACAUUUAUUUUUUUAUUUUUUUUAACUGAAAAAAGUUAGCUGACUGGAACUCGCUGUGAACUAGUAUUAUAAGAGUCUACCUUUGGCUCGGAUCCUGUUGGAUGUCGCCCCGGGUCUGCGCUCCUGCUGUUGAUCUGAUUUGAGCCAUGGCUUACUCUCAGCUGGGAUACUCCUAUUCCACCACGCCGCAGUUUCUGAUGACCUCCAGCUCUCUGGCCGGUUGUUUGGAGCCGGGAACUCCUCCGUCACACCCGGUGCUGUGCUCCCCGGGCCACCAGCUCACCUCUGGCCCCGGGAUUGGAGUCUACAGCGGAACUUACCCGAAGAGCCAAGGCUACUAUAACCCCUGCACCAGCGACGCCCCCGCUCUCUAUUCCAGAGGGCCAAUAGAUCCCAAAGACGGAGCUGCAACUGUGGGGACAUCUCAGACUCCUGCCUACUAUCCCUAUGAAUAUACAAUUGGACAAUAUCCAUAUGACAGAUAUGGGUAUUCCUGCUCUGAUGGUGCAUCCCGCCGUAAAAAUGCCACCCGAGAGACCACCAGCACGCUGAAGGCUUGGCUGCAGGAGCACCAGAAGAACCCCUACCCCACAAAGGGAGAGAAGAUAAUGCUUGCUAUCAUCACCAGGAUGACCCUUACACAGGUGUCUACGUGGUUUGCCAAUGCACGCAGGAGGUUGAAGAAGGAGAACAAGGUGACGUGGUCACCGCGGGCUUGUAAAAGCUCUGACGAUCGGGGCUGUGAUGAUGACAGCGACGAAGCUGAGAAGCCACUCAAACACGACAAAGACCUUCCUGAUCAACAGUGUGCAGACCUGCAGAGUGACCUGGAGGACUUUGACCUGCUGGAGUCAGACGGUUCUGACUGUGAACCGAAGCCACAGUUUCUACCUGAGGACAGUGAUGCAAAGCCAAACACAGACCUCCCACACAGGCAUCGCACACACCACCCAGACCCACUGCACGGAAAAGAGAGAUUGUCUCCGGACUGCCCCAAACUCACACCGGUCCAUCGGCAAAACAACUCCUUCUAUGCUAAUCCAGACCUCCGGAGUACAGACGCUAAGCCGAAAAUCUGGUCCAUCGCUCGCACUGUUGCGUCUUUGAACGGCAGCUUGCAGCCAGAGUACCCUCCCUGCAUGCUGUCGUCUACCGGAUCCUCCUCUCCGGGGUAUCCAUCCAAUAUGGCGUUAACCAAGGCAGACAGGGAACAGGAGUCACCAGUCGCCACGCUCAGAGAAUGGGUUGAUGGAGUUUUCCAUGGUCCUCCUUUCCAACAGCUCAGACCAGCUGAGGCGUGGAAAGGCUUGAAUGAUGCCGUGAUAGACAGCAGAACACCCGGACAGUCCUUUGAACUUAUUAGGUCUACGUCAUCUUUGUAGACCAACCACAAUGGCCUACAGUCAAUGGAAUAUUUCAAAGACUGUUGGACUUGGAAAGAAAACUCUGUGUUUUGUUGUUGUGACUUGACCAAUUGACCGUUCGCUAAGCACCACCGCCCUUAGUUAAUACAUGUCUGUCAAGAUUUCCAUUCUCGCACAGCACACGCAGUUUGCAAUGAUAACGGUGGCACUUCAAAUCUUUAGUCAUUUUUGAAACAAUGGGUCCUGGAAUUCCAGACAGAGGUAGAACAAAGGCAGGCUUCUCAUUUCUCGCGAACAAGCAUGGCUUUUGCCGUGUGAAAUGAGUGUCGGUGAGUGUCGGUGGCAGAUUUUAUUAUCUCUAGCUAGCUUGCUAAUUAAGCUAAUUAAACGUUAGCUCCGCGAGUAGGUCUACAUUAGAAAACCUGACUUUGGCUGACUAUUAAAUGUUUACAGCUGAAUCUUGUAAAAGGGGUGUUAAAUACGCACACGUAUAUGUGAUAUUGCGCUAUAAGACAGGCAGACAUGUCCCAGGCAAAAAGUCAGCGUCCUUACCAGUUGAUGAUCCAUGUAGAAGACAUGUAGCCUUUUAUGAUGAGGACAAACCAACGGACCUAGCAAAUGUAACGCUAUGAGUUCCACACAGUGGGAAAAUGCUACACAGUGGAUGUGCUAGUCGUGUAACGGAACUUUGUAACCCCACAAAAAAUAUGGUUAACGCUAGUUACUGAUGUGCUCCUUGGCUUUGGAAGUAAUGCUUGGUUACUGUAGGUAGUCAGCUUGAUUGCAGCUUACCUUAGAGCAGACAAAUGCAGUUUCAUGUAUUUCUUUAACUUUUGCUCGAAAGUUUUGGAAAAAAAACACUAUCUUUCAAACUCUUUGAAAGCAGAGUAUCACACUUACCACGGUCCUAUGUACACUACUUCAACAUGUAGAAAAAUCCAAAGUUUGACAGACCUGGUGGGCCCAAUCGCGGUUGCUAAGCUAUGAUUGUUUAAUUGGUGAUCGGGGUAGGGGUUUUAGCGAAUGGUCAAUUCACAAUAUAUGAUCCUAUUUUGGCAUUUUGAAAAGCCUCUAAAUCUCUUCCAACUUACAAUCUCUUAUGGGCCCCAUUAAUGGUCAAAUGUCUUCGAGCAAACAAGUGUCACCACACACACACACGCGUUCCUGCGGCAAGGUUGUACGGUUCACUCACAUGAAAAAUAUACAAUAUUGUACACUUGCACUAUAGCCUGCACUUGCACUGAGUCACAAAAAUAAAAGGUGUAUUCCGUGGCAUGGCAAA